AUGGCAACCCGUUCCCGGCCACCCUCUCGAGCCCGCUCCCCUGUCGAUCAGGGACAGCUGGAACCCCUUUUUCCGCCAACCUCCCCUGAGCUCGGCGAAGUAUCCCUUGAGCGGGUCAUCCGCCUCCUCUGGGGACUCCAAUCCCAAGUCAACCGCAUUGAGCGGACCCUCUUGGAACAAGCUGAAGUUAGCCAAGAGGUUCAAACCAAUGUCAAGAACAUCUUGCAAACGGUCAAUACUGUCAAGGAUGGGCUUGCCCAGCUCCAACACGCCCGGGGUCCUCACACCCCAGAAGAACAAAAACCCCCCGCGGUCAAGGAAACUCCCAGGGCCGCGCCCAAAGCCAAGCCUAUUGGCAAGGCUCAACCCUUCCUUGGGGCCCCAGCCCCCAUCAUCUCCACAGGGGCCCCAAGGCGCAACCCCCUCUCCUUAUUCAACCCAUAUCCCUCCUCCUCCUUCCCUUUGGGACCGGCUCCAGCUCCCCAGGGACCUCCACCAGCGCCUGUCAUUACCCCAGCGCAGCCUCCAGCCCCCUCCACAGUAAAAGUGGACCACCCAGACGCCUUCAAAGGCAAAAUUGGCUUGGAGGCCAAACAAUGGCUAACCCGUAUGUUGGCUUGGGUUUGCCUCAACCAGAGGCAGUUCCCCUCGGACAUGGAGGUCCUGAGCUUCCUGUUGAUGAACAUGACGGAAGCAGCUGGGGCCUGGGCCCAUCCCCACCUGGACCAACUAGGGUCCCACCGCGCACUCAUUCAAACCGUGGAUGAGUUCAAAAUCGAAUUCCUGGCUGCCUUUGGCAAUCCAGACGCAACCAGGGCAGCAGAGCGGAAAAUUACUUCCCUCACUCAGAACGGCACAUGUGCCAAAUAUAUUACCAAGUUCUGCACGCUGCAAAUGGAACUUGAUUGGAACAAUGCCACACUCCGCGGUCAGGAGAGGCAACCCCGUACCCUGAGGGAGCUGCAAGAUGCUGCCCUCAUCAUUGACAACGCCCUCUGCAAGGAGCAAGCCAGCCACCCGCAACAGGGUAAUAAGUCUGGUAAAACUUCUUCCACCCCCAAUUGGGGGGCAAGUACCGGCCAACAGGCCACCAAAACCGGCCCCCUUUCCUCCGAUCCCAAUUACGUCUCGGAGGAAGAAUGUAACCGCCGCCGCGCAGAAGGUCUCUGUGUCAAAUGCGGCAAACCCAGGCACAAGUUUGCCGAGUGUUGGACCGGAUGGAAGGCUACCCCAAAAGAGGAUAAGGGGAAGGCCAAGGAAACCGCCAAAAUUGGCAAAGACUCUGAGUACCAAUCAGGAAAAGAUACCAAUAGAAUCACACCGCUUUUCACUAUUCCAAUAAAGCCAGAGAAACAAGCGGAAACACUAGAAGUCCUGAUUGAUUCAGGCGCCACAUCAUCCUUCCUUCACCCCCGUACCGCGGAACUACUCCGCCUUCCACUCAUUGAUCUCCCUACUCCCUGUACCGUCACUAUGCUCGAUGGGUCAAGCCCCCAGGCUGGCAAAAUCUGGAAAAAGACAAUCCUGACCUUCUCCCUCAAUGGCAAGAAAAUGACAGAGACCUUCCUUAUAUGUAAUACAGGUUCUCACGCCGCUAUCUUGGGACUGAAAUGGUUGGAUGCCCACAAUCCGGAGAUUGAUUGGAAUACACGCACCCUCUCUUUCCCUCGUACAACCCCUGAACGCGUGGCCAUUGCCAAGGAAGAAGAAGCAGAUAAGAACCCUCUUGAAGGAGUACCCCCCAAGUACCAUCAAUAUGCCAAAGUAUUUGGAGAAGAAGAAUUCAACAAGCUUCCUCCUCACCGGCAUUACAACAUUGGGAUAGAACUCACGGAAGAAGGUCCCCUUAACUCCCCCCUUUACAGCAUGACAGACGCCGAGUCCGUCACACUCAAAGACUGGCUCAGGGAUGAGUUGAAAGCUGGGAAGAUCCGCCCCAGCAAAUCUUCCAUCAGUUCCCCUGUAAUAUUUGUCCCCAAAAAGGAUGGAUCCUGUCGCUUGGUUGUUGACUACCGUUGCCUUAACAAUUGCACCAAGAAAAACGUUUACCCGCUUCCCCGUCCGGAUGACCUUAUGGCCCAACUCCGCGGCGCCAAGGUCUUCACCAAACUAGAUCUACAAUGGGGUUACAACAACGUGCGAGUUAAAGAAGGUGAUGAGUGGAAAACUGCAUUCCAAACCAAAUACAGCCUCUAUGAAUCCCUGGUCAUGACCUUUGGCCUUACCAACGCUCCCGCCGCCUUCCAACACUUCAUGAACAAAUUGUUUAAGGAUCUGCUAGAUGUAUGCGUCAUCAUAUACCUUGAUGACAUCCUGAUCUACUCCAAGGAUGACGCAUCACACACCAAGCACGUUCAUGAGGUCUUACGGCGCCUAAUGGAUAACCAAUUGUUCUGUAAAGCGUCCAAAUGCACAUUCCACGUCACCUCUGUAGAAUAUCUGGGAAUCAUUGUAUCUGAUAAGGGUUUUAGCCUGGAUAAGCUCAAAAUCCAGGCUGUCCAAGAAUGGCCCACGCCUACCAAAGUCAAAGAGGUCCAGUCCUUCCUUGGGUUUGCCAACUUCCUCCGAAGAUUUGUUGCCAACUUCAGUCACCUAGCCAGACCACUACAUAACUUGGUCAAGAAGGAUACACCCUGGAAAUGGGAAGCAAGGGAACAAGAAGCAUUCCAAAGCCUCAAGGAUGCUAUCACCAACGCGCCAGUACUUUGCCACGCCAACCCCACAAGACCCUACUUCCUAGAAACGGACGCCUCCGGCGCAGCAUUAGGUUCCAUAUUAAGCCAACGCCAGGAAGACGGUUGCCUACACCCACUAGGAUUUCUGUCGGAAUCAUUCAAGGGAGCGGAACAGAACUACAAUACGCAUGACAAAGAACUACUUGCUAUCAUACGCUCAUUUGAGUAUUGGCGCAUUUUCCUGGAAGGCACCUUACAUCCCAUCACUGUCUUUACCAACCACAGGAACUUAGAAUAUUGGAAGGAGUCUAGGACGUUCAACCGUCGCCAUGCACAAUGGCAUCUCUUGCUAGCCGGGUACAAUUUCCAGAUCAUCUAUUGCCCCGGAAAGCAAUCAGGAAAGCCGGACGCCCUUUCACGCCGAUUGGAUCACGCCAAUAUCCCCCCUGCGGCCCAAACCAUGCUCCUGGACCUUGUGUUUGCAAACGUUGCCCUGGUCACACUGGAAAAGGAGUUACAGCGCCAAAUUGAAGCGUCCCUGGAUCAAGACAAAUCCUUGGAGGAAAUCCUCCAAUUCCUACAGAACCAGUCCAAAGCACCCCCCUCCAUCAAACGCGCAUUCAAAGAUUACAAGAUGGAGGCCGGGUUACUCUUCUACCAAGGACAAAUCGUAGUCCCUGACGUUGGAACACUAAGGACAGACCUACUCCACAUUUUCCACGACAGCGCCUUGGCAGGACAUCCAGGAAGACAACGAACCCUGGAGUUGGUAUCAAGGAAUUACUAUUGGCCUGGGAUUUGUGCUGACACAUACUGGCAUGUAGACUCCUGUGAAACAUGUCAAUGGAUAAGGAAGCCCAAAUACGCGUCAAUACCACCUGAACCCCUUGAGCUGCCUAACAGACCAUGGCAACAUGUCUCCUACAACAUGAUAGUAGACCUGCCCAAGGACGGAACUUGCAACUCAAUCCUGGUUAUCAUUGACAGCUUCACCAAGUACGGGAUUUUUGUCAAAUGCUCCAAAAAGCUCAAAGCACCUGAACUGGCGGAACUAUUCCUAGAACACGUGUGGAAACAGCACGGGAUGCCUGAAAAAACAAUCUUGGAUAGGGGAAGAGUCUUCAACAAUAAAUUCCUAAAAGCGCUAUACAAACGCCUAGGAAUAGACCCUCACUUCUCUUCGGCUUAUCAUCCUCAGAGCAACGGUCAAACGGAAAGAGUGAACCCCUCCAUCAAACAUUUCCUCAGGGCUUACUCAGGGAUUAACCAACGGGACUGGACUAAAUGGCUCCCAAUGGCAGAAUUUGCGUACAACAAUGCCGUACAUAGCAGCACGGGAAAAACCCCCUUCAAAGCCUUGUACGGAUGGGAACCCACCUUAACCCCAUCAAAUGUACCAACGGACGUCCCAGAAGCAGAUGACCUUGCCCAGACAAUGGAGGCACAAUGGAAGGAAGUGGAAUCGGCACUCCGGCAAUCUAAGCAACGCAUGACGGCUGGGAAAGAUGGAAGCCCAACAGAAUUCAAGAUUGGAGAAGAAGCUUGGCUGGACGCCAAGAACGUUAACCUUAAAACCUUGAGUCCCAAACUUACGGAACAACGCCUAGGACCAUUUAAGGUUAUCGAGAAAAUCUCCGACCGAGCCUACCGUCUAGAACUCCCUCCAACCAUGCGAAUCCACAAUGUCUUCUAUAUAGGGCUCCUAUCUAAGGUCAAGAGAGACAAGAAGCGCGCCUUUGAAAACCACCCACCACCUGUCACCGUGGAGGGGGAGGAAGAAUAUGAAGUAGAAGGAAUCACCAAUGCCGAGGAAAGAGAUGGAAAAUGGUUCUUCCGAGUCAAAUGGAAGGGCUACGGAUCCAAAGAGAAUACAUGGGAACCUUGA